AUGCCUAUGAUGAUAGAGGAGGCCGAGUUGGGCCUCGAGCCUGUCGCCAUUGUCGGCAUGGCUUGUAGGUUGCCCGGUUCCGUGGACUCGGCGUCCAAGUUUUGGGACAUACUUCGCGAGAAGAAGUCUGUCCGCACGCCUCGAGUCCCUAGCAGUCGAUUCAACAUCGAUGCGCACUACCACCCGGACCUGUCACGCCCUGGAUCCUUCUCGGCGAUGGGAGGAUACUUCCUCGACGAGGAUCCGGUCGACUUUGACCCCAGUUUCUUCAACAUCACUCCCGUUGAAGCCCAGUGGCUCGACCCCCAGCAACGCAAGGUGCUCGAGGUCUGCUAUGAGGCUCUCGAGAAUGCCGGAGUUUCCCUCGAGGCAGCCGCUGGGUCUAACACGGGUGUCUACCUAGCAACCUUCACCAGCGAUUACCAGCAGAUCUCCAUCUUUGAGCGCGACUUUAGGCACAACUACGCGGCCACUGGCGUUGACCCCGGAAUCAUCAGCAACCGAAUCAAUAAUACCUUCAACCUACACGGCCCCAGCUGCGUCAUCAACACGGCCUGCUCGUCUUCUGUCUACGCCAUCCACAAUGCUUGCCAUGCGCUGCGCUCCCGAGACUGCACUGCUGCCCUGGCUGUCGGAAGCAACCUUGUCAUGAUUGUUGAUCAACACAUGAACACGGCGAAGCUUGGUGUUCUAUCUCCUACCUCGGAGUGCCAUACUUUUGAUGAGCGAGCAGACGGCUAUGGACGGGCCGAAGGCAUUGGUGCUUUGUAUCUGAAACGUCUCUCCGAUGCCAUCAGAGAUAAGGACGUAAUCAGGGGCGUCAUUCGAUCUUCUGCCGUCAACACCAACGGCAAGGUCGAAGGCAUGGGUAUCACAUACCCCAAUGCCCUAGGCCAGGAGAAGGUUCUUCGCCAUGCAUACAAGCGCGCCAACCUCAACCCCAGCAAGACAGCCUACCUGGAGUGCCACGGUACCGGAACCCCCACUGGUGAUCCCAUCGAGGUCAGAGCCGUGUCACUAGGUAUGAACGACACGAGAAGCACAGAAAAGCCGCUUCUUCUCGGUGCUGUCAAGGCCAGCAUCGGUCACAGCGAAGCUGCCUCUGGCAUUUUUGCCACGAUGAAGGCGGCGCUGAUGACAGAGAAUGCCCAGAUCCCUGGCGUUUAUGGUUUCGAGAAGCUCAACCCUAAUAUCAAGGCAAAAGAGUGGAAUGUUGAGAUUGUCAGGGACCUUAUGCCUUGGCCCGCCGAGUUCGAUGUCCGCCGUGCCAGCGUGUCGUCCUUUGGAUACGGAGGCACCAACGCGCACCUUGUCGUCGAGUCCAUCGAGAGCAUCUGCCCCUGGUAUGAGCACGGCAAGCCCAUUGCCACAGCCAAGUACGAUUAUGGCAAGAUUGAUCGACCGCUGCUUGUCACCAUGAGCGCGCAUGACGAGAAGACGCUCCGACGCAACAUCCAAGCACACAGCCAGAUAGCUGGAGACUACUAUCUCGUGGACAUGGCGUACUCGCUCAACGAGAGGCGAACCCAGCUGAACUCGCGCGGCUACGUCCUCGUCGAUGACGGUCACCAGGCCGAGGCCUUUAACACUGCCAAGUUUUCGUACGGGACCAAGCUGGGUCGACCUGCCAGAAUCGGCUUCAUCAUGACGGGUCAAGGCGCCCAGUGGGCACGCAUGGGCUACGAAGCCAUGCGGAUAUUUCCUCAGUUCGCCGAGACGCUACAUGCUCUUGACCGCGUGCUGCGGCAGAUAGAGCCUGUCCCGACAUGGCGCUUGACGACGAUACUGGAGCAGACGGCCGAGUCCAGCCGAGUUGGUGAGGCUGAGAUCUCGCAGCCAGUCUGCACCGCCAUCCAGAUUGCCAUCAUCGACCUCUUCGCCUCGUGGGGCAUCGAACCUGAAGUAACAGUGGGACACAGCAGCGGUGAGAUCGCAGCAGCGUAUGCUUCCGGUAGGACCUCAGCCCCUGAGGCCAUUCUGGCGGCCUAUUUCCGUGGCUACGCCGUUGCCCGGGCUGCGCCAGUUGGAACUAUGCUAGCCGUGGGCGUCGGAGCCGCCGACAUGCCCGAAUACCUGAGCUCUCUGGACGAGGACGUGGCGAGUCGUCUAGCCAUCGCCUGCGAGAAUUCUCCUGGCAGCGUCACCAUGAGUGGCAGCGAAGAGGACAUCACCUUGCUGAAGGAAAAGCUUGACCAGUCCAGCAUAUUCGCCCGGCAGCUCAAGACAGGCAAGGCGUACCACUCGCGGCAGAUGGAUGCAGUCGCUCCCUUGUACGCCGAGCUCUAUGCAAAGGCUCGCCAGUCCCUUGACGAGACGCAGCUGAGCUGGCGCCGCCCGCUCGUCGGAAUGAUCUCAUCCGUGACCGGGACCAAGCUCGAUGACUCGGAGCUUUCCAUCUCUUACUGGUGCGAUAACCUUCGCAACCGCGUGCUCUUCGACAAGGCCGUGACGACGCUGGGCGACAAGACAUCCGGCUUCUCCGAGGUCAACAUCCUCAUCGAAAUCGGACCCCACGCGGCACUGGGUGGCCCUACCAAGCAGAUUAUCCAGUCCAACGGCUACGACAUGCAAUACGUGCCCUCGCUGAUGCGCAGCGCCAACAGCGCUCACUCGCUGCUCAGGACGGUGGGCGAGCUCUACAAUCGGGGGUUGAAGGUCGAGUUCGGCCUCGUCAACUGCAUCAACUCACCGUCGCUGGACUCGCCGGCAAGCGGCAAACAUAGCAAGAAGCCUCGCUACCUCCCAGACCUGCCGCACUACCAGUGGAACUACGAGCGCAAGUACUGGUACCAGCCGCGCGCCAUGCAGGAGCUGAGAGAAUCCAAGUUCCCGCGCCACGACGUCCUCGGCCGUCGCAUCUUCGGCUUGUCCACCAACUCCUCCACCUGGAAAAACUUCCUUCGUCAACGCGACGUGGCCUGGUUUGCCGACCACAUUCUUGGCACCGAGGUCGUCUUUCCCGCGGCAGGCCACGUCUCUCUGGCCAUCGAGGCUCUUCAUCAGCAGCUGGACCUGGAGCCAGAAGCUGCCUCUGGUGUCCGCCUUAGAGACAUUAGCCUGCACAAGGCGCUGAUUGUUCCCGAAAAUGACGAGGGAGUGGAGGUGCAUACUCGUCUUGAGAAGUUGGCAGCGGGAGACUGGUACAGCUUCACCGUCGAGUCGUUCGAGGGUGGAAGCUGGAUCCAGCAUAGCAACGGGAAGAUCCAGAAGCUCCCCGACGAAUCCACGCAGGAUGAAGAGCCAAGCAGUCCAUACAAAGCUAGCCAGCUGCAUCGACAGGUAUCUGGGAAGCGCUGGUACCGGUCCUUCAACCGCGUCGGAUUCCGCUACGGAACCAACUUUCAGACCAUGGACAAUGUGCGAGCCAACGGAAAGGACCGCGUUGCCUCGGCCGGUAUCCAGGUGCGCACGGAAUGUCCUGCCAUGGAAAAUGAGUCUCGCUACCUCAUGCACCCGUCUACCAUUGACGGCUGUCUCCACGUCGUCAUUGCCGCCGUCCACCGUGGUCAGCACAAGGAGAUGCCAUGGGGAGUUAUCCCAGUAGAGAUUGAGGAGAUGACCGUCAAGUUCCCCGGCGAGCAAGACGUGAAUCGCCAAGGCAAGUGCACUGCCUGGGUCGAGCGAGCAUUGGACCGCCACUUUGAGGGAAAAGUACAGCUCUUCUCCGAGUCGGGCCGCUGCAUCCUCGACAUCAAGAACUGGAAGUUCGUCACCUACGACUCUGCCGUGCCGCCCAGCCUUGCCGAGCUCGGGCCGAAGAAGCCUUACAGCAAUGUGACGUGGGUGCCGGCAACCACAGAAGUGGACGACGAACCGGAGGAGGCCCGAGUCAAAGACGGGCGGAUCACCGUCUUCCAUGUUUCCAACGAGUCCAGUCUUGCCAGUGCUCUGAACGUCUCGGCUGUCCCGCUUACUGUUGCCAACUCUACGCUCGUCGACGACGGCCAGCUUCACAGCAUCGUCAUCGACGAUGCGGAUGGCUCCGUCUUGACCAACGGGUCGACGGAAGAAACAUGGGUAGCCAUUCAGAAGAUACUGCAGUCCGGCCACCCCAUUGUCUGGAUCACUAGGGGUGCAAACUCUGGACUAUCAGCGGCCAGCGGUACACCCCAAGGAUUUCUGCGCACCGUACGCUCCGAGGCUCUCUCCAGUCGGAUCAACCUGAUCGAUGCUGACGUGGACGCGACGACGGAGCAAGUAGCGGCAUUUGUUCAGCAGAGGCUCGCAGCCCUGUCCAGCGCCGUCGAGUCGAGGGGUGACUUGGAGCACUGGCUGACCAAGGACCGGGUUCUAGUCCCGCGUAUCGACACGAGUGAUCGUCUCAACGACCUCAUGUUCGGCCAGAAGGAGGCCACCGUUGAUACUUUGUCUGCCGACAAGUCUUACAAGGGCAUCAUCGUUGGCGACGAAGUCGUCUUCGAGACACCAGCUUCGGAAUCUCUGGUCGAGCUGGCUCCCCUCGAAGUUGAGAUACAGGUCUCCUUCACCACCAUCAGCAAGGAAAUUCUUGCCUCCAGACAUCUGGGGCGCGCACGUAUUGUUACAGGAACCGUUACGCGCAUUGGCCGAGACCUCGACGCCGGCCUGACUGGUCAAGCCGUCGUCGCAUUCACUCAGAAGACGCUCGAGACGCGCGUCGUGGCUACCGUCUUUGCUACACUGCCCGAUAGCUCUCAGGAUAUCGCUAGCUUCCUACCCCAUUUCGUCAAGGCCGUCGACUCAACCCUGCUUGCUACCAGUCACGGCGUUGCUCCCGGCGAUCACGUUCUCCUUUUGCCCGCUGCUUCGCCGCUAUUUGAGCAAUCCGUGGUGGAGCUAGGCGUUCAUCUCGGUUUCAGCGUCUCCAAGGUUCCCCAGGACACUGUCAUGGCACAAUCGCUGCUUGAAGCUUCCAAAGGACGGCGCAUCACUGUCAUCGCCGCCGCUCCGAGCCCCCUCAUCACUGAUUUCUGGCUUGCCAUGCCUCGGGGCGCCCGGUUGGUUUUGAGCGACGUAUCUGUCAAGGACUAUGCUUUGGACAUGCGCCCGUUUGCCCGCGGCGUGGGCCUCCAUGUCUGCGAUUUGUCCGAGGCCUUCCAAGUCGACCAGGCUGCGCUGCAAGUCACCCUUCAGACCAGCAUUGACCUGGUCAAAAGGGUUACGUUGCCUGCUAGUCAUUCUCUGAACGUUGAAGAGUUGUCAGACCUAGACAGUGCUCGCCGUGUUAUUGCAGAAAGUGGUGCCGAUGUCCUGAGCUUCAAAUACGGUGAGGACAAGAUCAAGUCACGUACUACUACUGAGCCUGUUGGUUUCUCCGGAGACAGCAUUUAUCUCCUCAUCGGGUGUCUCGGCGGCCUCGGUCGUAGCUUGACUACCUGGAUGCUGGAGAGGGGUUGCAGAAACUUUGUCUUCCUAUCCAGGUCCGGAACCGCCAAACCAGAGGCUGCUGAUGUCGUUCAGCAUCUCCAAGAAUCUGGAGCCAACGUCGAUGUAUUUUGCGUCGACGCAAGCGAUGAAACAGCCGUCGCCAAUGUUGUUUCUACUGUAUCGGCCCAGGGUAGCAUCAAGGGCGUCGUCCACGCUGCCAUGGUCCUCAAGGAUGGUUUAUACCAGACCAUGACCUUUUCAGCCUACCAGACUGCCAUGCGACCCAAGGUCGAAGCUGCCCUGGUUCUCGAUAAAGUGCUUGGCAACAUGCCACUCGACUUCUUCAUCAUGACGAGUAGUAUCUCGGCUGUGCUCGGCAACCAAGGCCAGGCCAACUACGCGGCAGCCAACAGCUUUCUUGACUUCCUGGCACUGCAACGCCGACGACAGGGACGUGUCGCAUGCUCCCUGGCACUGCCCAUGGUCGAGGAUGUCGGAGUGGUAGCCGAGAACACCAGCAUUGCCGACUCGUUGGCGCGCAAGAUGCCCUUCGGUAUAGACGAGCGUGAGAUGCUCAGCGGCUUCGAAGCCGCCAUCAUCCAGGGUGCAUCGUCGGGCAAGGAGGUCCAGCUGGGCGACGUUCAGCUGAUCCUCGGUCUCGAGCCGCAAGCCAUGCUCGUAGCCAUGGAAGGGCUGGAUCUGUCUGAUGCGUUCUGGUACAAGGACGAGCGCAUGCGGCCUAUCUUGGAGGAGCUGGAGGCUCUUGCCGCACUCACGGGCAAGACGGGAGGGGGUGGGGGGCUUGAGAGCUUCACUUCCAAGCUUGUGGGACUCUCCGCGGACGAGUCGCUUCUCGCCAUCGGGUCGCACAUCAUGGAGAGGUCAGCGCGAAUUCUUGGAGCCCAAGCAGAGGAUUUCCAAUAUGAGGGCACCUCCGUCUCGAGCCACGGCAUCGACUCUAUGAUUGGUGUCGAGCUCCAGUCUUGGUUGUUCAAGGAAUUCGGCGUUCAGGUCAGUAUCCAGAUCAUCUCGGGCACAAACACGACGUUUGCAGGAUUAGCUAGGAUAAUCUCAGAGCACCUUGGGAUAGUUUAA